CUUUAGCUCUUGCUCUCAUCGCACGCGGGACUCCUUCUGGGCAGACCGACCAUGUCUACUCUGUAUGCAGCGUCCGGAUAUCAUCCAAGCAGGCUAGAUUUGAAGCUGAAGUGGCCGACUGUCGCUUGCCUGCGCGCAUGGCCACACCCAGCAUCGGUCAUGUGACGUAGAAACGCGACGUUCGAGGCGUUUCUCCGGUGCGCGCGUCCUUUUCCAACGUCAACCAUUCUCUCCGUCACUGUCGGUACUCAAGUGAAAGCCCCAGAAUCCAAAGCGGCAACAUGCAAGUUGAACGAACACAGCAGGAUCAGUCGGAGCGUCUCUACGCGAUACUCCGUAUCAAGCGCAAGCGUAAUGAAGAGCCUCUUGAUGGUCUAGUCGUCGACCAGGAGCUCCGUCCACGAAGGAAACGGUCUCGCGGUACGCUGAACUUCUUCAAGUUCGCAGAGACGGUCGAACAGGGUGCUUGGGACGACAACCAGAAGAAGAAGGAUCUUGAAACUCGCUUGACCAUUCUAGCACGCCAGUCAGCGCAGGGAGAGUUACCUUCCAGCUCCGUCUCUGCACCUGCAAUCGUGGAGCAAGCGGCCGGAAUCACCGCCACGCCUUCGCCUGCCACACCUCUUCGUCCGCCGCGGGACACUUUUGGACGCAAAUACACGAUCAUCCGGCGUGAAGCACCGUUGACUGAGCCGCCCUUUAGUAAGCGACGCAGAGUGCCUGCUGCACCUCCGAAGGUGUGGUCUACAAAGGAGCUUGAGGCUCUAAAGCACGCGCAAGUCACCAUGUAUGAUGCCAUCCCUUCUUCAUCCGCACUUCCGUCCGAACCGUCUGCGGCACCAAAUAUCGACUCAGAGGUAGCGAAGUUUCUACCCCUACUCCAAGAUUAUCUCAAGUUGGAUGACAAGGCGGUUGUUCCUCCGUCUCCGACCAAGACUGUACCUCCGGCGACCAUUGACGAGAGCGACUAUGUUUAUGAUGUCUUCUAUCAGAGGCCGACGACUUUCCAGGAGCUCUAUCAGCCGUCCACGAGCGUCAGCAACAUUGGCAGAUUGACUGACGUACCGGACGAGCUGAUGUGGUAUGACUCGGAUACCGAGUCGGAGGUUGGCGAUACUGAUGAUGAAGACUCAAACGCUGAGGAUUGGUACAAGAAUGACUACCCAGAGGAGCUGUCGGAUGAAGGUGGGAGCGAGGGAAGCGAUGUAUUUCACGAGAAUAGCGACUACGAGGAGAUCGUAGUUGACCGUCCCAUUGAGACACCACCGAGCUCACACUCCGAGUAGCGAUGACGGUUCUGCGCACGGACCGGGCUAGCUUUCAACCAGUUGUAUAUAAUUGUAUCAUUACGUUCAUAAUCUCUUUCCUUCUCGACAGUACGUUCAUGAUGUUGUCGAUCUCCAAACCUUUGUGGAUACAAACAAGACGAUGCAAGCGACAGCACGUAGUAUGGCAGCAGGUAUUGUUUUAGUUCAUUCGCUUUCCCACACGUGCAUGAACCCGUUUUAUUCCGUGUACUCAAAGUCUGCCCUUUGAUGAGCUCCCACAACGUCAUCAUUCUUUGUCUAUCUAGAUAAUCGGAAGGCACGACGUAC